CUGCCCUCCUGGACACAUGCGCACUACCCUCGCACCGGAGAUGGGUGGCUGCCGUGUUUUGGGCCAAGUCUUGGGUGGCUGGCGGCGAGGUCCCCGGGUCCACGUAGCGCCCGAGACUGCAGGCUUUGGCACCAAGGCCCGGCAUCAGCUGCAACCUCGAGGCUCCAGCAAAUGGUUCCGACCCGUGGGGAACCAGCCUUUCCCGGGGCUGCUGCGGCCACAGAGCCUCAGUCGGGAGGAGCUGGUUGACGUACUGAAGGUAGCUGUAGUGGACCAAAAAGGACCUCUGGUGACGUUGAACAAGCCACAGGGUCUGCCAGUGACAGGAAAACCAGGAGAGCUGACGUUGCUCUCAGUGCUACCGGAGCUGAGCCAGUCCCUGGGGCUCGGGGAGAAGGAGCUCCAGGUUGUCCGAGCAUCUGGGAAGGAGACCUCUGGACUCGUACUCCUCUCCAGUUGUCCCCAGACAGCAAGCCGCCUCCAGAAGUUCUUCACCCACUCACAGAGAGCUGGGAGACCCACAGCCACCUACUGUGCCGUCACUGAUGGGAUCCCCGCUACUUCUGAGGGGAAGAUCCGAGCAGCUCUGAAACUGGAACACAUGGAUGGGGUCAAUCUUGUAGUUCCAGUGAAGUCCCCAUCCCGAAAGGACAUCCUGGAAGGUGUCAAGAAAACCAUCAGCCACUUCCGUGUAGUGGCCACAAGCUCUGGCUGUGCCCUGGUCCAGCUGCAGCCACUGACAGUGUUUCCCAGCCAGCUGCCGGUGCACAUGGUACUAGAGCUCUGCCCUGUGCUUGGGGACCACACAUACUCUGCCCGCGUGGGCACUGUCCUGGGCCAGCGCUUUCUGCUGCCAGCCGAGAGCACCAAGCCCCGAAGACAGGUCCUGGAUGAAGCCCUCCUCAGACGCCUCCGCCUGACCCCCUCCCAGGCUGCCCAGCUGCCCCUGCACCUCCACCUGCAUCGUCUCCACCUCCCGGGCACCAGGCCCCAGGAUGCACCCAUCGAGCUUCUGGCACCUCUGCCCUCUUACUUCUCCAGGACCCUGCAGUGCCUGGGGCUCCACUACCAAUAGUCCCCCUUCUCUUCUUGCUGUUCCCACUGGAAGGCAGUGGGGGGCAGUGGGAGGAUGGGCUGUGGUCAGGCCUGAGGAGAAGUGAGGUCAGUGCCCAACACGCAGUAAGGCCAUGGUGAGAUCCUGGGCUCUGGCAUUGGACAAACCUAAGAUCGCAUCCUGGCCAGGUCACCUGCUGUGUGGUGUUGGGCACAUGACUUUACCUCUCUGGACUUGAGAUAAUAAAAGUACCUACCUCAUAGUAUCGUUUUGAGGAUUUGCUGAGAAAGUAAAUGUUUAUCAUGGACCGUG